UAGCCUACCUAGCAUUUUUAGUCUGGUUUAAAAAAUGCAACUCUAUGUAGCUUGAUUUAAAGCUGAUCAUAUAUCAAAACACACUUUAUUGCGUGUGUUGCUGGGUUACCAGUAUCUGGUUUAGCAUUCUAGCUAAAGUUGGCUACUUUCUAGUGGCUGUUUGCUGGGGAAAAGGGGUAAACUGUAGCUAGCCUGCUGUUAGCCUAGCCAGCUAAGUAAGGGGUUAGCACCUUUCCCCUCCUUGUGCACGCUGGCAGCAGCCCCUGAGAUAUGUCCACCUGUCGGGGAGUUUUUAGCACGCCGCAAGCAAGCUGAAUUCACAGCAUUGCACGGCGUUGUUAAGUUAGCUCAAUUGUGAGGCGUUGUUUUCCUGUCUGUGUUGCAUGUGGUUGCUUCUUGUUGUCAUCGCUGAACAGUCACCGUGUGUCCAUACACCAGAGCUCCGCAGACAGACAACGAUGAAGAGAAGCAGGCACCCCAGCAGCAGUGAUGACUCCGACAAUGGAAGAAGGAAACAAAGAGGGAGAAAAAUAAAGACAAGCAGCAGAUGGACAAAGAUUAAGGAAAAGAAAAAGAAGGCCUACAGUCUGAGAGACAGGAGACAGUAUAGGGACACUUUCACCUUUAAAGACACACCGGCAGGUCAGACAGACAGGCUCACAUCUGACCUCAGUGAACAAUUAUGUAAACACUUUGUAGCAUUUGUUGCAUGCUCCACAAAAUCUCAGGGUAAUUCUACCUGCUGGUCACAGCAUUCAUUACAGCCCAGGAGGGGGACCGGGCAGAAACCCUCUGAGGUUUUCAGGACGGACCUGAUCACCGCCAUGAAAGUGCACGACUCGUACCAGCUGAACCCAGAGGAGUACUACGUCCUUGCCGACCCGUGGAGGCAGGAGUGGGAGAAAGGUGUCCAGGUUCCCGUCAGUCCCCAGUCCAUACCCCAGCCAGUCGCCAGAGUGUUGGCGGAGAAAGGAAAGGAGGUCAUGUUCGUCAGACCAAAGAAAUUGAUCCGGACGUCCGGCACAGAGGCGCUUGGCUACGUGGACAUCCGGACGUUGGCGGAGGGGAUGUGCCGCUACGACCUGAACGAAGAGGACGUGACCUGGCUGCAAAUCACCAACGAAGAGUUUGCAGAAAUGGCCAUGCCUCCACUGGAUGAGAUCACCAUGGAGCGGGUGAUGGAGGAGUUUGAGCGCUGCUGCCACGAAAACAUGACACACGCCAUGGAAACGGAGGAGGGGCUGGGCAUUGAGUAUGACGAGGACGUGGUGUGUGACGUCUGCCAGUCGCCCGACGGGGAGGACAACAACGAGAUGGUGUUCUGCGACAAGUGCAACAUCUGCGUUCACCAGGCAUGUUACGGCAUCCAGAAAGUCCCAAAGGGCAGCUGGCUGUGCCGGAUCUGCGCCCUCGGCAUCCUGCCAAAGUGCCAGUUGUGUCCCAAGAAGGGGGGAGCCAUGAAGCCGACCCGGAGUGGCACCAAGUGGGUCCACGUCAGCUGUGCCUUGUGGAUUCCAGAGGUGAGCAUCGGGAAUCCGGAGAAGAUGGAGCCAAUCACCAACGUGUCCCACAUUCCCAGCAACAGAUGGGCUCUGAUCUGCUGCCUGUGUAAAGAGAAGGCCGGAGCGUGUAUACAGUGCUCAGCGAAAAACUGUCGGACUGCCUUCCAUGUGACGUGCGGCCUCCAAGCCAGCCUGGAAAUGAACACCAUCCUCACAGAGGAAGACGAGGUCAAGUUUAAGUCUUACUGCCCCAAACACUCCGGGUUCGAGGGCGCCGAGUCCAGGGACCGAGACUCGGGUGACGAGGAGGAGAAGGAGAGCACCAGAGACAAGAAGGGCAAGAGGAGAGGCAGGGUGAGAGGGGAAGAAGACGCCGCCUCCUCCUCCCCCUCUCCUUACGUGGCCCCUCAGCUCAAAGCCAGAGCACCCAGCGAUCUGGAGGCGCUCGCCAGCCGCCAGCAGGAGAAGAGAGUCAGCCUCCGCAAGAUGAAGCUGCAGGAGAUGGAGGAAGAGUUCUACCAGUUUGUUGAGGUGGAGGACGUGGCCGGUCGCCUGAAGCUGCCGCCGGAGGUGGUGGAUUUCCUGUACCAGUACUGGAAACUGAAACGCAAAGCCAAUUUCAACCAGCCACUACUCACACCCAAGAAGGACGAGGAGGAGAGCCUGGCACGGCGCGAGCACGAGGUGCUGCUGCGACGCCUGCAGCUCUUCACACACCUGCGGCAAGACCUGGAGAGGGUCCGUAACCUGACCUACAUGGUGACCCGAAGGGAGAAGAUGAAGCGCUCGUUGUGGAGAGUCCAGGAGCAGAUCUUCCAGCACCAAGUUCGACUGCUCGACCAAGAGUUGCUCACGGGCGAUCCCUCAGCGAAGGAUUUGGAGAGGCUCUUCUCUCUGGGCUGGUUAUCCUCUCAGGGCUCCCAGUCUCGCUCCUCCUGGAGCCACUCUGGACUGAAAACCAAACGAGGCUCUUUAAAGCAGGAAAGAAGGAAAAGUGGCGACAGGAAAGGCAUCUCCGACGCCCCGCACACUGACAAAAAGGGCAGUCUGAGCAAACCGCUGGAGACAAAGGAUGGUAAAGGCUCUCGAAUCAAAGACCCUGAGCCUACUGAGGACACAAGUGAUGCCAAAAUGCAGAACUGUGAGAUCAGCCAGGAGGUUCAGUUUCCAAAGCUUCAGAGGCCGGAAGUUGUUCAGGAAAUGAUCACCGUCAAGCUGCACAAACUGGAGGGCAGGAAAGGCCCCAGGAGGGAGGCCUUAGGGCCAGAACACGAGGCGCUGGCCAGACGGAAACGAGACGACCACGAGAUGGAGGAGAGAAGGAGGAAGAGGAGGAGCGAUGUGACGGAGAGCUUCCCCAGCCAGACGAGGAACAGGUUCGGGUCAAAACACCUGGAGAAAACCGUGUCCAUCAGGCUGGUCGAUAUCAGGAACUCUGACAACGAUGACUACUUCAUGGACGAAGGAAUGACCAAAAGAAGCCCCGUCUCUUUAGAUGUGACGACCAACACUAAACUAAACAGAGCCAGCGAGGUCUCAGACGCCACCAAAACCAACGGCUGGCUGAGGAAAGCUCAGGCCAACGGCUCACACACAACCAACAAACAUGUGGCAGGACAUCUGAGGAGCUGGGGGAAGUUCAGGAUCCCGAAGAGAAGCGAGAGGCCUCUGACAUCAACAAUGAAUGAGGAGGAAGAGGAGGAGGAUGAGGAGGAGGAACAGCAGCAGCAGGAGCACCGCAAGCCACUGCUGAGGCCGCUGACCAACAUGUCGGAGCCGUCCUACCCCAGGACAAGACUCCGCACGGGGUCGGACAACGACGGCUACGCCUCCGACUCCAAACCAGGGGAUGGCGAGAUGGAGCCCUGCUUGAAACGAUGCCACUCCCACCAGCUGAGAGGCGACUCGUCUCUCGGCCGACGCUACGGGUCAGACAUCAUCCGCCGAGGUGUGCUGGCCUCCUGAUGGCGGAGCAAAACUUUGAAAAUAAGCUGCACUGUGUUAGUCGGAAAAAGAACGACUGUCGCUCUUUGUACCUUUUUAUUUUUCUUGAUGAAUCAUAAAAAUGCCUAGAUUAAAAACAGAGCUGAUAUUUAUUUUUUAUUUGUAACAUAUGUAAAUCUGGGAAAUAUUUUACUUUAUUUUGAGCUAGUUUUUUUUUUCUUUCCUUAAAAGUAGAUGUCAAAGAUGUCAAGUUGCCACUUAAAUGCUCGCUCAGAUAUUUACAAGCAUCAUCUAGGGAGAAGUUAUGAUUGUUGCUUGGGACCAUAAGCUUGCAAUGUUAUUUGUUGUCAUAGUAUUAAACUCAGUUGCACUUAGUCGAAAAAAGCCGACAGAUAAUCUUCAUCUUGUCAGUGAAAUAGCACUCUUUAGGUCUUUUUUUCAUCAAGCUUCAUCUGAUGUUAACAGCUACAAACAGGAAGUCAAACUGCCCUUUUAUCGCUAUUUAAACUCCAGCUGUCUUCAGUCUACGAUUGUUGGACAUUAUAAAACACACACACACACACACACAAAACAAAGGAAUUCAGAAUGAUGUUUUACUCGUCAUCAGCACUCAAGUGUAAUUGAACUGCGAUCGUAUCGUAUCCAUCAUGUGCCUAACUUUUAUUUGAAGCGUUUGCACUACGAGAGGACGGCACAGGUGUGAGGUAUGAGUAGAGUUAUUUUUACACUGAAAAAUUUAAAAAAGCAUUUUGUACCCUCGGCCGCUGCUGUACUACUGUUAUGCAAAAUGAAACUUGUUUUUGUCUUUGUCUUAAAGAGGAAUAAAAACUCUGGAGGA